AAGGCUUAGCGCCGCGCUCAUGCGCCCUGGCACAGGUCGGGCCAUUUAAAAGUCGUCGUUAGGGGAAAUGGCCGCGCAGCUUGGUACGUUCGCUGAAGAGAGGGACAAAGCCAAGGCAGCCCGUAAGAAGAAGCGGAGGGAAGGGUCGCCUUGUUCGGAGAAGAAGAGGAAGAAGAAGAGCGAGUCAGAUGGCGGGGACGGGCCGAAUGAGAAGGAGGCCAAGAAGAGGAAGCUGGCCAAUGAGUCCCACCACAGCUGUCAUCACCACCACCAUCAUCAUCACCACAAACACCACCAUCACCACCAUGUCAAGGAGGAACUGCCUCCCCCCGGCCUCACACACACCACCACCACCACCCCGGUCCCUGCCAUCAACCCGGCCCUCCUCACCCUCACCCACAUGGACAGGCCCCGGGACAAGAGCAAGAAGAAGCACCGCACCAAGAAGAAGGAGAAUGGCGGCGGGGAGACCCCCUUAAGGGUUGUCAAGAAAGAAAUUCCAGAUGAGAAUGGCAAAUCGCAGAAAAUACUAAAUGAUGAUACAGCUUUCCUCCUUAAAAAGCUCAAGAAAAAGAAGAAAAAGAAGCAUAGAGAUGAUUUAAGAGUAAGGCGACUGAAAAUGUACAACAAAGAGGUGCAGACUCUGUGUGCUGGACUGACCCGCAUUAAUAAGGAAGCCCUAGACCAAGCCAGUGUGGGAGUAGAAACGAAGCAGGAGUCCUGCAGAUACCUAAAAGAUGAACAGCUUUGCCGAUCAGACCUUGGAACUGAAGAAUACAGAGUUCCUCAGGAGGUCCAGAUGCCCUUUGCAUCUCAUCAAGAGCACUGUAUCCGUACCAGUAUCAUAAAAACAGAAUCUCGCUUCAGCAGACUGAUGCAUGAAGAGAACCAGUCAAAUGGUGGAGCCCCAGUUUUACAUGCUUACAUGGAUGAACUUUCCUUUUUGUCUCCUAUGGAGAUGGAGAGAUUUGCAGAGGAGUUCCUGGAAAAGACAUUUAAUGAAAAUGACAAGAAUGCAUCUUACUAUGCAUUGGCCAUAGUGCAUGGUGCAGCUGCUUACUUGCCUGACUUUCUGGACUACUUUGCUUUUAACUUUCCAAAUACACCGGUUAAAAUGGAGAUCAUUGGCAAGAAAGACAUCGAAACAACAACAAUUGCAAACUUUCAUGCACAGGUCAGCAGAACCUACUGCUGUGGCACAUACAGAGCAGGUCCAAUGAGACAAAUCAGCCUGGUUGGAGCAGUUGAUGAAGAAGUUGGAGAUUUUUUUCCAGAGUUCCUAGACAUGUUGGAAGAGUCUCCAUUUUUAAAGAUGACUUUACCAUGGGGCACAAUGUCUACACUUAAACUUCAGUGCAGAUCACAAAGCGAUGAUGGCCCAAUUCUGUGGGUGAGGCCAGGAGAGCAAAUGAUCCCCACGGCAGACAUGCCAAAAUCCCCAUUUAAACGUCGAAGAUCGAUGAAUGAGAUAAAGAACUUGCAAUAUCUGCCUCGUACUAGUGAGCCUAGAGAGGUCCUUUUUGAAGACAGAACAAGAGCACAUGCAGAUCAUGUUGGCCAAGGUUUUGACUGGGAGAGUACAGCAGCUGUAGGGGUUUUGAAGGCCGUGCAGUUUGGAGAAUGGACUGAUCAACCCCGCAAAACCAAAGAUGUGAUUUGCUUUCAUGCAGAAGACUUCUCUCAAGUUGUGCAGAGGCUACAGCUAGAUCUCCAUGAGCCUCCUGUGUCCCAGUGUGUUCAGUGGGUGGAUGAAGCAAAGCUAAACCAACUGCGGCGGGAAGGAAUCCGGUAUGCACGCAUUCAGUUGUGUGACAACGACAUCUAUUUUAUCCCUCGCAAUGUUAUUCACCAGUUCAAAACCGUAUCGGCAGUGUGCAGUUUGGCAUGGCACAUAAGACUGAAGCAGUACAGCUACAAUAAAGAAGGGGGACAGCCUGCAGAAAUGGACCACAACUCCACUGAGGCUCUUCCAGAAACUCAGUCCACCAGUAUAAAAAUAGAGCCAGAGGAGACUCCCCUCUCUUACACAAGGACCUUUUGUAGCACCAACUCCUUCCACACAAACCCUUAACACUCACCAGUCGGAUUUGUAGAUAUAAUAUUUGGAAAUUUUUUAUUUUGUAUUCUAUUUUGUUUCUUAAGCCUAUUUUUAAAAUUUUGAUGUGAAGUUAUAGUUUUAUAACGGACUGACUUCAUUCCUGUAAUUUCCAAAUACUCCAUACUAGUUUCAUAACUUUCAAUACGAACAGCAGCAAACCAUAAGUGAGAUGGCUUGAUGUUAAGAAGAGCAAUGUUACCUUUGUAAAGGUUAUAACCUUGGAGAGUCGCAAUGGCAGGUCUUUCAAUCUUGUGAUCCUUUUCAAAGGCAUGGGCUUAAAUGAGAAGCACUUUUACCUAUCAUUUAUUUUAUAGCUGUAUUACUUUCAUAACAGACUUGGAUGUACAUGGUUUCCUUCCAAAUUUGCGGUGAGAUUGAAUUCAUGACUUGUGAGACUUUUGAUUGAGCCUGUGUUUCCUAUGUGUGUGUGUCUGUUUUUUUUUUCCUUCUUUGUAAUUGACACAACUCGUUUGAAUUUCAUACACAGGCAACAUCCAAUAGACUGCUUGCCAGAGUAACAGGCUUUGUUUGUAUAGGUUUAUUUUUUAUGCAGAUUUUAUUUGGUACUAUAGUUUCCAACACAUGUAACUGUCCCAGCUUUUUUUUGUUCCCCCUUUAGGAAAAUACUGGUUGGCACAAAACCAUAAUCCUGUAUUUUUACUUUUUAUUUUUGUAUGUAUUUAUUUUUAUAUGCCUGCAGUUUUUAAUUUAUGAUGAUCAUCAAAUGAAUCAAGGACACACUAGUAGAUUUCCAGCACUUAAGGCAUUCACACCACCCCACCCCUUUUUUUUUCACUUGUUAGUUUGAAUGAAUAUUUUCAAACCAGGAUUUACUUAAUCCUGCUUCAGGCAACAAUUUGCUCAGUGCAGUGUUUUUCAUUCAAAGUCAGGUAAAUCCGUUCAUGUGCUGAAGUUAAAUAGGAGAUUUAUCAGAUUUUUUACUAUAUUGAUGUAAAUUUUAAUAGUUAUUUAAUAGUCAUUAGUGACAUGAUGACUGUAGCCAAGAUAGAAAUGGUUUCUGGACUUGCUUUAAUGUUAUGCUUCUUAAUUAACAAAAUGAUUCCAUAAUAUUUUAAGCAUUUUUUUUUUUAAUUAAGAUUGUUGUAUGGUUAGUGUGAAUGUGUGCAGAUUGGUGGUUAAGAAGAAAUUCUCUACCUGAUGGCCAGAAUUUUCAUAUAUUUAGAAUUGGCAAUGUCUACUAACCAAUAAAAUGUGAUGUCUGCAGUUUUACAGUCCUCAGGAAAUGGGUGGUUUUGAAUCACACCAAUUGAUUUCAAUGUGGGUCAUAUAUGGGUCUUACUGAGGCCAUAUUGCCUGAGCAAAUCAAAUAGAAGUUCUGAGUAAUGGAAGACCACGAGGCAUCAUUUUAGUCCUCUAGAUGGUUCUAAACAAUCCCUGACCUCUCCAAAACUGACAUUAGGCCCAUACUUCUAAAACUUAAAGAAGUGUCAGUAUUGCCUUAUACAUAGGAAGUCUCUCUUUUAAUUUUAAACCUUGUCUAGAAAGUAAAGGAGUGAUUAGUUACUUUGAGUAACAGAUUGACCAACUGUCCUUCAUUUUAGUUACAUAUGGGGCAAUCUGUAAAUUCAGAAUUAAUGCUUGUUAAACUUGCAGAGAUUUUAUUUUUAAUGCUAGAAUGUCAGCACCCCUGCUUGUGAGUUUACAGUGCACCGAUAUGAAAGUAAAACCAAGUGGUGUGUAUGAAAGAAGACACUUGGUACCGCUAUUACCAGAUACCACUAUUACUAUCUGCUAGUAGUCUAUAAUUCCUCUGUAUUUUGACACAGGGUUUUUAUUGGCAAUAUGUAAUACAGUGAGUCAACUCUGUGACAUUAUGUAAGCAGUGACAUCAGUUUGGCUCCAGAGUCACCGGCAUGUAAUGUGGAGGGGUCUUUUAGCUUCACGGAGUCAUUUGUAUUGUUAUCAUGUAAUGCAGUGGGUCCACUUUUGGCUCCAUUGAGUCUCCUGUGUGACAUUAUAUAAUGCAGUGGGGUAAUGUUAUCUCUAGGGUUCUGAAACCUGCCAAACCUAAAUCUAGGUUUCGGUUAGUCUCCUUUUUAAGCACGCAGUGCAGUGGAAGUUCAAGUUGGUGAUAGGUUUAUUUUAAAUGAUAUAAUGAUGAAUAUUGUUUGACCUUGCCAGGUUUUGGGAGAUUAAACAAUAGGAUUCCCUCAAAUGGGGUAGAAUUUUAAAUCUGUUAACAGAUACUCCGUUAAAAACCAAGCACAGAUUAAUGUCUCCAUACAGAAAGACCUUGCAGAAUGUUAAAAAGAAACAAACUUACUUGUAUUGCAUUAAUACACAAACUAAAAAAAUGCAAUAAAAAGUGCAAGAAAUACCCA